GUCAAAUCAUGAUCGGAUAUCUCAAGACCUCAUGAUAUCGGGGAUUCACUCGUCGACUGUGACACAUAUAGUUCUCAACUCACGAUCGGACUCCCUCAACUCAUAAUCGAUUCCCUCGAUUCUUUGUGUCGACAGUUGCUUCUUCGAGAACAUCUCCGAUAUUACCAAAUUUUUGCGUAAGUACAUCAUUUCCCGUAAUAGAGACAUCAUUACCUAAGAGGAUUGCACUAGAGGAAGGAAGUGCGACCAUCUUCAAUAAAGAAGUAGAUUGCACUAGAGAAAGGAAAUAAGACCAUCAAAAAAGCACCUAGAAGUAGAUUCCUAAACACCAGAAACUCAAACAAUGUCGGGAUCGUCGCCAGCAGGGACUCCAAGAGGCCUUGUCACCAGGUAAAUCUUCUUAGACUAUUCGCAUCAUCAUACACAAAAACUGAUGCAACAACUAGUACCCUAACCUUUAAUUUCCAUUCGUUCUUUGAACCUUUAAUCCCCAUUCCUUGAACCUUAUUGAACCUUUAAUCCCCAUUGCUUGAACCUUAUUGAACCUUUAAUCUCCAUUCCGAACUCUUUGCAACGACGAAAAGGAAGUUUUCUUCCUCUACAAUCCACAUAUAACCCACACCUGAGGUCCAAUAAGAGGAUGCUUCGUCGGAAGAAUUGCGCAUCGCGUAGGGCAGCCAUGUGUACCGUGUUAAGGCUUCAUCGUCAAUGUGAAUUCAGAAAGGAAAUUGUGUUACAUUGAAAGUUAUAGUCUUCAUCAGUGUGAAUUCAGAGUGGAAUAGGAUACUUUGUUCUUGCUGCAUCACCAAAGAAAAUUGUGUUCAUCUUGCAACAUUGAAAGUUAUAGUCCGUCAUAUUCACAAUUGAAUUUGAAUUCUCUAACAACUACGGCGUUAUCGAUGAGCGGCACCGCGUCUGGAUACAAGAAGGAAAAACAUCAUGAGCAACAAUCCACAGGACAGACACCUGCAAAACCACGUUUAAGGCUUCUUGGAUUCAGGAAAAAAAUUUCAUCAACACUUGUGCUUGUAGAUAUACUUACUUUGCUUUAAUAGAGAUCCAUGAUUUCGAUUUUGUAUGAGUCCUCUAAGAUGAACAGCAGUCAGGGUGCCGGUGGGAGGUACGCAUUUGCGGGACAUCGAAAAACUCGACCAAUCCCUUAUGCAAAAAUAUAUCUUCUACCUCAUGACGCGAUCUAAUGAAGAAAUGUAGAGAGUAGGACUGUUCGCAUCGUAGUAACAACAAGCCCAAUAGAAUUUGAAAGUACUUAUCAACAUAUAUAAGAUACGUAUCGGCGUACUAUUGGAUUUGGAUUAAGCAACAGUUUAGAAAUGAGUGAGGAACGAACUCGUAGGUCUUCCUAAUAGUGAAGCCUGCUUUAUUUCACUUUGGGAAAAUUUUCUCUCGUGAUCGUGAGCAGUCUGACAUCUGCACUCUCCCCCGUUCUUCAGUUUUUUGAUUGUGGAAGACCCACAUCGUCUAGCGUUCGCGCUUCUGUGGAAGACACUAAGGCGAAGACUGACGGUCUUGAUAACUUGAAAACAAAAGAUAAACCUGAUCUACUUCUGCAGAUAUCCUUUCUAGCCUGUCUCUAUCUCUGCGUCACACUAUUUUUGCUCCUCAGAGGCGGCGCAUUCCGUCUUGAUACAUCAAAUGAUAUUUGUGGCGUUAGCUGGUUUUUCGACCACCUACAAAAAGGGGCCGCGUUGUUGUCUGUUUAAUAAAUAUGGACGCCUUGUUUGCAUCCCAUCGCAGGCGCUGGUCUGUGUUCCAGCGGGAUGCUUUGUGUGCGGCUGGCUUGGUUUGGUCAUAGCGGUGCACUCUUGGACGAUGCAACAACUUAGAGAAGAGUAAGGGGCGAGCCCGUAGGCUAGGCCCUCUUAAUAUUUAAGCCGAGUCCGAUUCACUUUGAGAAAAUUCUUCCCACCCUUCAUCCCCAAAGUGUGGCCCUUCUUCGCUCAGGCGGAAGCAGAGGCGGAGGGAUGGGGCUUCUCCUUCAUUGCCUCCCCCGAAAAGAGUAGCGCACCCAGCAAGGAAAGCGCACUCUUGUCCCCUUUUUCCUCCUCUGCGUCCACCACGGAACAAAACUGCUAUCCGCCACUGAGUGUCAUUCUCGGGCCUCUUAACCCGAAACAGAACGGCAUCCCAGCAAAGGUGGGCCCUGGUUUGGUUUAGAAUCUAGGUAGCGAGGAGCUGUUGCCAGGCAGAGGAAGCGGAUGCUUAGCUUUUGGUGUGAGCCAUGCGGCCGCAGUGGGCAUGCUUGUCAGCUAGACGUCGAAGGUAGCCAAGCUCCUGGCGCAUGAACUUCUUCUGGUCAAAGCUGCAAUACGGGCACUAGUCAAUAUCUUUAACAUGGGCGCCCGCGCGGUUUUAGCCCGGCUCUGGACCAGAAUCGGGCCACGUCAUCGGCUACCGCCCGCAACUAAAUGGGACACUCGCACCACCCCAGGGCGGGCCAGUUCUUGCACACCUUCAACAAGAUUGACCAGCUUACCGAGGAACCUAGCGCGGAAGCUGGUCAGGCGAUGCCCCUCCAGCAGCUGCGACUGGACGCGAAUGCAAGGAAGUUGCAUCGCAAGCAAUUCUGCAAGUCUGUUCGCCUCGUGGCUGUUUGCGGAUUGUCUCUGAAGCCACAGGAUGCGCCCCCGCUGGCCUUCAAAACACUGGCCAACGCUUUUGCGCUGUGUGGAGACGCUGCGCAAUGAAUCUCGUGGCGUUUACCUGAGCCAAAUCAAGAACGUUAUCGAGCUGCUGGCGUCACUCUCGCGCGAAGCUAGCAAGGCCUACACAGAUGGCGCCAAGAUCCUGACCAACUUGAGUCGAAGGAGGACACGCAGCAGGAGCGAGAGCGCCACCUUAGCCAAAUCAUUUUGGCUGCGUCACAGGUCGAGGGGCAUCCUCGUGCCCUCAGUCACGGGGCCGCCGCGUAGCGCUCUCCUGCUGUCUAUCUUCUGCGGGUGUGUCUUUAUGGCUUGGCGUUUCUUUUUGCGCCCGGAUGGUGUGGCCAGAAGUUUACGCGCAGGAGAGGACGGCAGCGCCGGAUGAGUCGUGGGCCCGCUACUCUGUCACGAGCUCCAAACGAGACCAACAGGGCAAAGGGUGGCAAAUCCGAAUCGACAUGGCUCGCUGCUGCUCUUAUGCACCGCAGACCAGGAAAACAGCGCCAAGGUGUUCCCGGUGCACGCCAUCAGCGCCGAGAACUGGGACAGGGUCAGGCAGUGGGCUGCGACGAAUACCCCCAAGCCUUUCCAGGAAAUUUCCCGAUCCAAUGCGCGGACUCGUCUACGGAGGCGCCUCUGCGUCGUGCUCGUGGUCGUCUCCUCUGGAACUUCUACUCGGUUAGAGUCGGGGGCGCGUGCAGCGCCAGGGAGGCAGGCUUGAGCAUUGACCAGCUCCAGACGAUCGGUCGCCGGUCGGGGCCCGGACCUCCAAACAUUACGCCAAGACGGCGCAACGCAGUCCGGAGCCGGACUCCAUUGCGCUCCGCUGUCCGGUCAAGAUGCCGCACGCCUUCGGCUAGAUUACGACCAUCACGGAAGGAACAACUGCAAAAAACUAAACGCACAGAAUAAGGCAGGAGCCUCGUAAUUACUUGGGGCUGCCAUGGGCACAGGCUAACAGUGUCAGGGGCAGGAGACUCGCACCGCCCCAAUCGUGCGCCUGCGCCUGCGUUUCUUCCCUUCUGGGUCUAUAUGUGACACAUGAGGGCGCGCGCCCUCAGCGGCUGGCGUCUGUGUCUUUCUUAGGACGUGCGACAAAACUGCGGGCCUUGCUGAGGUCGAAGGCGUUGCUGUCUCGCUUGAAGGUCUCGCGGUCAUGCCUGAUCUGAUGGCGCAACAAAUAGAAGAGCCAUUCACUUUCAGGCGUAUCGCUUGUUCUGUUCUGAGUUAGUCAAACCCUGUGGCCCGCGAACGAACCGCAACCGCGUCCAGCUUCGCUUUGUCACUCUGUAAAUCCGCGACGAGUGUCAGUAGAGAGUGAAAAGCUGCGACCUCCAGUUCCCUUGUGGGCUAAGGACCUCCAGGUUUAUAUAUUAUGCGCCCCACUCAUCUGCUGCACUCAUCUGAAGGAGUGGGGUGCCGUACUUCGAUGGCAUUAAGCUUCGACGCGGAGGGGGUGGGCGGCGUUUCUUAGUUUAGAGAAAAGCUGAACUUACGUGCCAAAACCUUCGCACAGGCCUAGAAAAUUGCAUUCGCGGUCAACACUCUCAGCGAGAACCGUGCCCCCCUCUCCUUUCUUUGUUUGCGAGGUUUUUCUCCUUUUAAGGCCAACGCAGUUUUUCUUUUUCUUGCAGAGGUCCGGGCGUGCCGAGUCUUCGAGCCGAAACUGGCUUCGCCUAUCUCGUUUCCCCAGCAGCGGGCACAUUUUCAACAUAAGCGCGGUUAGACUUUUUCAUCUGACAAAGAGAGGCGCACCCACUUGGCUUAUGUUAUCGAGAUGGGGGCCCAGCUAGCACGCUUCCCACAGGGCCUCCAGGUGCCCGCGGCCAGGUCUUGGCGCUAGCCGGGGACAGUCAGGUGACCGCGUAUCACCGCGAAGCAGUGCAGCGGACGGAGCGGGCCUCGGUGUGCCCACGGAACAGAGGGGGCAGCACUUGUCUCACCGUUUGCAGAGCCAGCGUCGGCUUCGACUGCACUUCCAAGGGAUUUCGCCGCGCCUUACGCUGCUUUGAGGCAGGCACAGCGCUGCGAGGGUUCAACCCCUCCGCCGUCGAGCGUCCAGCCACUGGGAUCCGUUAAGCGGAGCGGCAGCUGUGGCAGAGGACUGCAACACCAUCACAGAGGGCGAAGCUGGUGAUCUGCAAAAAGGAUUCACGCGGAAACUUGCGGGCCCGAUUAUAACCGAGGAAGCGGAUGGCCACGCUGGCUGUGCUGGAGCGUGAAAAGCGCUGCAAGAUCUUGCGCGGCGCCGCUGGCCUUGGCAUGGUGUUACAAGGGAAGAGCACCCAGCUGGCCUGGGCGCACCGUAUCGAUUUGAAGCGAAAGGAGGCCCUUACCAGCGCAACGGGGAGAGCACUGACCCGCAAGGGCUUUGCCUGCGCCACACCUCACGCACUGCGCCACCUUGCCUCAGCCGGCUCCGUGAUGCAGUACCAAAGUGAGCCACUUGACACGCCCGCGCGCAACACAUCGCAGGCAAACAGGCCCCGGCAGCAUGAAACUCCAGCAAGGCAGCCGGCGAAGUGUGGGAGACCAUUAUCCAACCACAGCAGACAGAAAAAGCCAGCCACCCCUGAAGGGAACUCUUGGGCUCAGUAUGAACAUCGGCAAGCCCCCGCGCGCUCCACGCUCGUGGCUGUCUGCUGGCUGCUCGCUGGUGGCUGGCUUGAAGGUCUCACCCAGUUCAUCCUCGCAGGACCCUUUCGCCCCUCGGCGUCUCAGCGCCGCGUCUUGGCGGGCUUCGCUCCGGCAUGCAUCUGCGCCGCCACGGUCCCACCUGCCGCGCGCGUGCCCAUUUGCUUCCCCUGCUUGAAAGUCUUCCAAGGCCAGCGCGGCGCAGCGACAUUAUGCAUCUGCCGCCCGUCCGGGCUUGAAGUCAAGCGGCUGCUCUGCCGGAGACUGAUGAAGCGACUUGCGGCCGCGCGUCUCACAGAGGUGUGCAGGGCUUGGCGUCCUCGGUGCGUGCACUCAUGAGACGCAGCAGCCAGCUAGCUUCCCUCACGUGGAUCGCAAGCGCGUGCAACUUGGCAGACCCUCGCAUGAGAGUCCGGAAGUUUGCAGAAGUCGCCCCAGCUUUCGCCCGCCGUUUCCUACUGGAGACGCAUGCGCCUGAGAUUGUUGCGAAGGAUGAACAGGACCACCCGGAAGCCAGCCCCCUAAAGCACAUAGCGGGCGACAACAUGUCCCAGCUUGCAGCCUCGUGGCCUGCUGGCGAAGCGAAAGAAACUAGCGCCGCAGCGUGCCCGCGUUGUAGCAUUCACCGGAAUAAGCAGCGAAAGCCGUUAGAAUCUCACGCAACUCACUGGCGCCGCGAAGGCUGGCUCCCUUGAUCACUUGAAGAAAAGGGCGCAGGCCUGACCGAUUUCUGCAGUGGUCUACUCUGCUUUCUAGAUUGUCCCUAGCUAUCUGCGCGGCGUAUUGGUUUUGCUCGGAAGAGCGAGACGGCGCGCUCUGUCUCGGUGCGCCGAAUGGUGUUUGUGGUGUUAGCUAGUUUGUCGACCACUUACAAAGAGAAAAGGCUAAGGGCUCGGGUUGUUGGCUGUUUAAAUAUGGACGCCUUUGCACCCCAUCGCCGGCGUAUUCCAGUAGGGCUCUGCGCGUGUGGCUGGCUGGGUUUGGUCGUGAGUUUUUAUAUGCGGAGCAGAUAUCGAAGUCGGCGAUAAUUAGAAAGGCGGCGGCGUGUCAAUAUUUAGAAGGAAUUGCGCGCGCGCGAUCUGCGUGAGGGACUAGCCACACCAACCCACCUGGCAUCAGUAUCGCUUGCAGCAGCUUUCUUAUGUGCUGAGUCUAUAGCGGAGUACUGGCGUCGCCCUUUUGUAGCAGUAGCCAAUCCUUUUGGUCCCGUGGGGUUUGCAGGCGCGACGAAUCGGCAAAAAAGGCUGCCGAUGCCAUGGCGUGAAGAUCUAUGGCCUGAAGAUGCUACCUAGGAUGUUUGCCAAAAGAAAACGACAAGGAAUCGCGCGAGCCGUUUUCUUUCAAAGAACUUGCUUGGCAUUCCUCGUCUGAGUGGUAGCACCACAGGGGCACCGCCUCCGAUUUUGCUUCAGUGCUUGUUUACAAAUCCGCCCGCGCCUACUUUCGCCGCAGCACUAGCCGAAGGCGCAGCCGUCAAAUGUAGCGUGGGAGACAUCAACUGCGAUCCAAGUCCAGCCGUGGACGAUAGGAAGAACGUAGAUCGCUGGAAGACAUGGCCAAGAAGAACAGGACUGGAGAGAGAUCUGCGACCUCGUGAGGCCAUCGGAUUGGAGGACCAUGCGGAAGGACUAGCGCACUGGGGCGAGAAGAAGUAUGACGCAGCAAGGCUGGAUGUAGUAAAAACUGACCGCCCAGCUUCAUCAGUGAGGAAACACGCUCUACCACCUCCGGGCAAGACCUUCAAGAGAGCAAUAGAGCGAGGACGGAAGACAAUCAUAGAACCGGUUCCGGACGAGGCAGAAGAAGGGGAUGGGACUCCGCUCAGCGGCCGCGCCAUAUAAUUAGUACUACACGCGGGUGGAUGAAGAAGAAGCCAACAUCAAGGAAGUGGAGGAACUGCGCGCCAAAGAUGCAGAAAAAAUAGUCGCAGCAAAUAGGAAAAAGAACACUGCCACGAUGGAGAGUAAGACAAUGCCGCGGGAACUGAAAAAAUUAGGGCGACGAGAUCUGGGAGCCUUUACUAGCUGCUGUCUUCGUUGCAGCGUGUUGCCAUUUCGUUCCAAAAAAAGCGAAGGAGUGAGCCUCUCUCUCUUCUUAUUGCGCAGGCGUGCCCUAUGCGCUUAGGAAGUUGCGUGCGGUUUUAGUUUGCCCAUCUUGAUGCGCCCUCGGUGGAGGUGUCGGGCCGACAGGCUUGGUGGCUGGUUGUUUGGCUGAUGAGUGGCACGCGGAGGCCAAGCGAUGGCUGCCUGCCUCUCUGAGAGCGCGAGGGAGGGCAGGGAGAGAGCGUUCGCGGGUGUGGGAGUGCCUGAGCCAGUGAGAGAGAGGGGGUGGGACUUGUGCUCCCUUGUGUCCAGCGAGGUCCCUUCACUCUCUCGCCGCGCGCUCUUCGUUGACCCCCGGGAGCAGCCUCCUGCCAGUCUGUGCCUUUCUUGUCUUUGUUGUGUUGAUUCAUUGGGAAAAGCUGGCUCUGCUGAUGAGGGAACAGGUGGGCGCGUCUGUUGGUUGUGUGAGUUUGCUCGCUUGAUGUCAAAAGCUGCGCCUUUUGCUGAUUGUGUAAAACUGUCUUUUUUCGAUGUCAAGAGUUGCGCUCUUUGCUGAUUGUGCAGAGUUGUCUCUUUUCGAUGUUACCGCAGCCGAAGAAAGACAGGCGAAGAACAUGCGCGGGCGGUUCCGAUUAUCUGGCGACGUCCUCCUCUUCGACGACAAGAUCUACAUACCGCUUCAGAGCGCUCCGGAUUUCGAGUUACAGGACGAAUUCGUAGCGUCCACAACGCGCCUCCGCGUCGCGCUCGUGACUUUCGUGCACCGAAAAUGGACACUACACUCCUCACCGAUGAAAACGAAACAGGCCGUGGCGCGUUACUUCUCGUAGCCGACGCUGAUGAUCACAGUCAUGUCAGUCGUCAAGAAGUGCCUCCAGUGCGUGGCGCUUCAUGCAGCCGAAGACAGCAACUCGCUGUAUCUGUGCAACCCGGCUCCUUCUGAGCUCUUCCGAGAGGUGGCGAUCGAUCACAUCACGGACCUACCGCCAGCUACGAUAGACGGCGUUACCUACCGCAACGUCCUGCGAGUCGUAGAGCGGUCAAUUGGGCUCGUGUGGCUCGUUCCGGUGCAGACGCGAUCUCCUCGCGAGGCUUUCAACGCCUUUAGUAUAGUCUUAGUUCCACAAAUUGGCUGGCCCAUGCGAGCAACAGCAGGCCAGGCCUUUAAAGCUGUGAAGCGUGACUUCCGAGAAAGGGGCACCUACUUGGCGCUCACCUUGUCGGAGGACGCCAGAGGCCGGCAUGAAGUAGAGCGUGAUAACCGGUGGGAUGCGCAGCGGGUUUUCAAGACGUGUCACGCCGCACCGGAGUCAUGGCCUUUCGCGUUGCCUGCUCUGCAGAUUUUGAGUCGCAAUACACCACUAGACCGACUAGGAGGAUUCGCACCAAGCGAGCUACUUUGCGGCCAGCUCAUCCGUGAGGAGAACGCGCAAGGCGUUGGGCCACCGGUGAAGCGUGACCUCGAACGAGCGCGCAACCUACGUCAGCUUCUACCGCAGUUUGCAGAGGAGAUCCACACCCAGUCCAACAGCUCGCAUCUUCAACGGCGAGGCGCAAUUGCAGGAACCGACAUCAACGAGGGGGGUUUCGUGUGCAAGCGUGUUGACUACGCAGAGAAGAAGGCGAAGAGCCGGCUCGAGUACGGGCGCGACUUCUCCAAAGUCUACUUCGUCGUCAGAGUCGCAGCAGGACGGACACUAGACGUUGCACCAGCAGACAAGACAAUCCUCGAUCGUACAUCAGACGAGAUCGAGGGUGGCGAGCUUGUCGACAAAGUGCUUCAGACGGAAACACCAACGCGAGUCAGCGCCAAAAUCAUGAUCGAGGUGUCAUCUUCAAAAUGUGUCAGAUUCUUCGACGCACCAUAUCAGACAGCAAACGAGAACGAUGACUGCAUAGGAGUUAAUCUGCUAGCCGGCAAGUUUAUCAUCCGCUCACGGCAGUCCAAUGCAGUCGCGGUCGCGGGACAACGACGUCAGCGCGUUCUUCCAUCGGUGAUCUACACCGAGCGAGAACGCUUAUAAAAACAAAGUGAUCAAGGGUUGGCCUCGUGUUCACGGGCCUCCCUCAAGUAUCGUAAAUGCGGCGUGCUCAUGCCAGUGCAAUUCGCUCAGAUCACACGACUUUAGCUGCGUGAUUAUGCAGCCAAAACAACUGAAGACGCACGUGGUCACGUAUGACUUCAGCCAAAAGAGGCGUCCCAGCAUGAUAUGCGGCGCAGUAUAACAGCAGUCGAGGUUCAAGCUCGGGGCUUCCGUUUUCAAAAGUUCUUCAAGUCCGACCCAACCAGAAGCACAAAGUUCCCAGCAGCCAAAACAAGUCUGGGACUAAAAGGCGCUCUCUUUUAUAAGUAUGCACAUUCCGACGGGUACUCUUAUUGCGAGCAAACCACAGGUACUCGCAGUACGUUUCACACGAGUCUGACGACAGCAGAUCAAGGCAGUUUUUGUACAUUUUGCGGGUUUUUGUCGGCAGCAACUUCGGGCUACCGAGUUUCAAGAUCGACUUUCGACCGAUUUCAACCGAGUUCCAAAAGCGGCUUUUUAGAGGGUUUUAGCGUCUUUAAAACGGAUAUUGGACGGAGUUUCAAGAUCGAGCUCUAACGGACAUUUAGUGACAGUCGACGGAUCCCCAGCGAGUUUCAAGAUCGAUGAGGGCAGAUCCCUCAAAUUUCAGCGUUGUUUUGAGCGACUUUCGAAUGCAGAGAUGCAGGAUAGUUUUGCAGAUUUUCGACAACUUUCAAGUCAUAUCUUGCAGCAAGUUUUGCUACCUUUUUGCACGAAUCCGCAGACAGAUAGCGGGUUCUCUUAACUUCGAGCAAGCACCCUGUUGAGCACACCGUGGCGCAUUUGCCAGCCACCAACUUCCCUACCGAGUGGAAGAAUUGGCGACCAAGCAAAUACAGCCGGACCAGAGAACUAACACACUAAAAGUACGCACUUCUGAGGACAGCAGUGAGCCGGCUGCUUUCUAAACGAACUAUCUCUACGCUUCUACCUAUGGGCAGUUAAAACUGAGGACCAAACAAGUUACUGCUUAAUGGCGUCAAACAUUAACCGGCCGCAAGACAGACAGUUCUGUAGCGUGUCUCGUUCACUCCUUCCACGGAUUCACUAGUCCUCGAGUUGCCGUGAACUCGGCACCAUUAGGGGGAGGGGUGGAUGUAACCAGAACUGACAGUCAAGAGUUGUCAAGAGAACUGCCACGCUGUGAAGGUCCACGUGCGAAGUCUGAAAUCGGUCAUGUAUGACAGAACUUCGCAUGAGUUUAGACGUUUGUCAGCGAGAGCAAGCAAGUUCAGUUCAGAACGUAAGAACGGUGUGCACGUAAGUACAAGUACAACAAAGAAGCACGACAAAACAAGACUGAGACUCUUGAACGAUUCUCAGCCUAUGAUCAUCCUUCGACGAUUUAGUCUACGUUUGCUUUGAGCUAGAUUGUCACUACGUUUUCACGUAUAUGCAAGUAAGCAACACGUAAACAACGAAGUGAGUAAGUUUCCUGAAACUUGGCUACAACUUGAGCAAAGUACUCAAGUGUUCACGCAAUCCCAUUCCCAAACACAUGGAUGGCAAUUGUUGCGUGGAGAGAACAGUCGACUUCGGUUACAGAUUGUGCAAAGCUGCCGCCUUUCGGUGUCAAGAGCUGCGGCCUUUCUGAAGAAAUGGAGGAGGCUUUCUGGCCUUUUUUUCUCGCAGUCUGUUGCUCUUAGUAAGCACUCAGAGACUGCCUGUCUUAUCGUAAAAGUGUGGGUCUUAUCUUGCAGGAAAAGCGUCGCGCUUUUUGUUCAAAAAGUUGCGCUUUUGAUGGCAGAAGAUGCGUUUUCUCUGAACAAGAAAUGCCGUAGGUUUUUGGGUCUUAAUCUCUCGCCGAGCGUUGUUCUUAAUUAUAGCGCCCCCAUUGUCCCUGAGGCCGUUGGGGUGCCAAAGCUAGCCGCUUGGGAUGCAAGGCCCCCGAAGGUGGCAAAGGCGGCAAGGCUGCGCCGCCUUUGGCUUGUUGCGCCUUGUUGCGUGUACCCUACAGGCCUGCUCCAGGGUGUGGGAUCCUCACUGUUGUGAGGGACGUCCCCCAGCGUGGGUUCCUAGUACUGGGCUUCUCGAGAGGCGGAAGGCUUCUGUCCGAAGGCAGGAGGUGGCAAGGCUUGACCCUUUUCGCCGUGCCGCAUGUACCUGACAGAACCCAGGCGGGCACGCCUUGUUCCCCCCGCUCCUCCUCGCCUUUGGUCUUCAGCCCCCUGCCUUUGGUGGUGGCGGACGUUGCCUCCAGUUGGGGGGAUGAGGGCCAAAGGGGCCAGGCUUCGCGACCGUGGCAGCCUCCGGCGGCCUUCUUCCCCCGGAGGCUGUCCCCCUGAUAGGGUCCAGCAAGAGUCGGGACGCCUGUGGGGUACACGCGGAGAGCCGCCAGGAGCCUCCGCCGGCCCCGCUUUUUGAGGCUUUCGCCCCCGGAGGUUCUUACAUGCCACCACCCCCGCGGAAAAAUGGGCUCGCGGACGCCGCCGCCGCUCCAUCCACAGGGGGAGGGGGCCUCCACCUCUGGGCUUGGGGCAUACAUUAGCGCUCGGCGCGAUUAACGUCGUCUCCGUUCGUAAUGGACGGUGGGCCCCAACUUGGCUUUUUUAAUUUCUGGAUAGAUAUCUAUUCAAUAUUUAUUGCCUCAUCUUUUUAACCUCUAAAGGGCAAAGAACCAUGCCCGGCAACGAGCGUGCGCGAGGUCUUGACACAAUGGCUAGCAUGGUCGCGGCGAAGAAGACCGCUGCCGCAUGGACCAGCGAACGAGAACCGGAAAGACAGAAGCAAGCUCUCCAACCUGCUGAAGAAGCUGAAGGAGCUGCGAGCCCCGCAGAAAGUGCGGAAGUGGUGUCAUCUACCUUUAAGGCGCAGCGCGACUCAAUCGCAAUGCACAACUGACUCUGAGAUGAUGGUGGUUUCUUUAAUCAAUUUUGAAAACAACGCGCAAUGAAAGUUGAAAGUAUCUUCGCGUAUACUUUGACUUUGUAGUAUCUGUCACAUCAAAUAUGAACAUUAUCAAUGUUUUUAUUGGAUGAAACAACAACUGCAACACCAGGACUCGGAUUCUGAGUAGCGGACUUUUGGUAUAAUGACUCUUCACUAUUCCUAUUCGACUCGCAUUACUCUAAAUAAACAUCCGACCUGAAGAUGAUCGGGAGUAGCGUGGGAAGCCAUGGUCAGUUAGCCACCGAAGAUCAAGGAAAAGGCAGAGCGGAACCUUCUUCAGAGUACAUCCAUGCGAUGACUUCCUUUUCGCAUUCUUUAGCCUGUUUCAGUAUUGUUUAUUUUGUCACUUGUGAAAGGUUUCACUCUGUUCCCUAGUCGAGUGGCUUCCGAUCUUGCCGAUGUAUUUAGAAUUGGCGAAGAGUACCAAGCAGGCAAAAAAAGUUUCGGGCUAGGUUUUUAGCUUUUCGUCAAAGCAUAAAAACGCCCAGCGCAUUUGCAUUAUAAAAAGGCUGCCGCGCCAUGUCGUGCAUUUCUAGCCUCGACGAUAUACUUUGUUAGCUAUAAUUGCGAUAACUCAGCUGCACUCUUUCUUUAUCCUUCAAGUGGAACACGCGCGACAGAAUAGCAACGACCUCGACAGGCCUGAGCACUUGCCUCGUAGCAUUUUCUUCGCUAAAUUUUCUAGCUCUAUAACCCUCAACAGAUUGGGAGGAGUCUCGACAGAGUUCAGCAAUUUGCUUGCUAUUGAUUAGAUAACUUUUGAUCUUCGAUCGUCUCAGAGGUAGACUCGCCCGGCUAGUGCGAAUGGGAUGAGGUCACUCUCUCAAUUUCAAAUGAUUUUUGAUCAAGGUCCCCUGGUUCUUACAAAGAUGACCCGACAGCCACUUCCAUUGCUUAUACCCCGAACGGCCUUGAUGUCGAAUCUUUUCUGAUGAUGAAGCCGUAUUAUUUGCGUGGCACGGAGGCGCGAAUCCGUCAAGAGAAGAGCGACUUCCCGUACUAACUUCCUGAUAGAUAUGUAUGAUUCGAAUUUUUUCGUAGGUUCAUGGUAAAAAUGAUCUUACUUUCGCUUUGAAUCAAUUGAUUCUGAUUCAUGUCAUUAGGCACAAGACGGACCUCUUCGUUCCACCUUCCCUCUUGAGUACGCAAGUCCAAAAUCACUCAAUCAAUCUUUUGCAGGUCUUCCACUGUGGUGAAUGGAGAGGAGUCUUAACUGCGCACUUAGCGACAAGUGAGGUGUUAUCUCUAGUACAUGCGGAGUUUUAUUACUAUAACUAUUUGUGGUCGGUGACACAGCGUGGUAUGCGGAUGAUGAGUUACGCGAUAGCAACAAGUGAAUAUGGAAGUAAAGAUAUCUAAUAGAUAUGAAACAUCAACAAUUACAAGCGAAAUUGAAAGUGAAGCAGAAACUUAGACUUACUGGAUUUACAGAAAUGCAUAGUGAACAAUCAAGAGACAAAUCUCUCGAAGUCGACAACAUACAUACAAUAACUUGAACUCGUCAUCAAAUUAUUAACAUUUACAGGAAGAUAUUAGUAGGACGCGCAACAAUGAGAAUCAUGUAAUCAUUUAAACUACAACAUCAAUAGCGGAUGAGGAGCAUCAUUCCAGUUGUAACUUUUCUUUCUACAACUUCAGCAGUCAAAACGUGGUCUAACGAAACAAAAGUAAAAGAUUGUGCAUGAGUAAAAAUUUAGCGGAUGUCAAAGUGUAUAGUUGUGAUGUACAGGACAAAAUAUACGAAAGUGAAAAAAAUGUACCGUUGCCGAACAACAUCAACAUAAUUUCAGAACAUAUUCAAAAAAAGUAGCACCUCUUACGCAGCAUGUACUUAUAAUUAGCUAGUUAAUGUUAUUGACCUCCUAGAAUGUACAAGCACUAGAUUCAGACGAGUGAACCGAUUGUAUAGUUGUAAAAAAGUAGAAAUUUCGAAGAAGAAAGAGGAUACCCAGUAAAUGUUCAUGAGAUAUCUUCAUAAAGAUAAAACUGCAACUCGCAGAAAAUGAAACUCUUCGCCUGCAAAAUAAGAAAAAUGUCAUCUAUCGUACGAUCUAAACAUAAAUACAAAAAGGCAUGGACAACAUCAACCCAAAAGUGAAGAGAGCUUCAACAUAUUCGUAUUAGAUGGCUCUUAGUUACUAGGUGUAUUUAAUUAUGAUCAUCAUUAGGGAAGUCUGUACAUAGAAUUUCGGGAAAUGAGAAAAAACAUCUUACAUCACGUUCGUCGGGCUUAUGACUUUCACAGCAAGGCUCUGAGUGUUCUUCUGGCGAAAGCAUGGCUAGAGUUUCUGCUUAGCAUCUGUGUUUGUGAACACUAGGACUGCAAAUCUACACUCUUAAGGCCGUGCGUUUUUUAUACAAUUCCCGGCCUGUUUCAGUUGUGCAAAUCGUGGGGGCUUUGCAUGAUUCUCAUGCGGUUACAAAGUUGCCAAAUGUGUGG